CGGAAGCUUUGCACGUGAGCUGUUGCACCGUGAAGUGCGGAAUCGUUGCACGUGAGGAUUUGAGCUUUCGUCUCUCACUCUGCCUAUGCUUGUGUUUUCGCUGGCCCCAACGUUCCUUAUCGUCUCUCUUUUCCAGAUCACUCGGUCUACAAGCAUUGUUAGAGCUCCCCUGCAGCACCAUGAAAUCGCGGCACGGCUUGCCCAAUCGGCGGACAUGAGUGCCAAUCUCCUCUCGCCAAGCAAGCGAAACCCACGGCGCAGCUGCAAGACUCCCUCGUCCCUCCCCUCUCACGUUCAACCGAGUUUUUCAGCCGCCUCCUCUACUAUUCACACCUACACGCUUGUGACAAAGACGACUAGUAGUGCUCCAUCCGUGACGCAAUCGAGUGCUACUACUACCAUCGCGGGGACACCUCCCUCCGAGCAGACCGCCCCCGAACAGAAACCAAUCCUCGUUUCCACCAGCUCCGCGACAUCGACUGCUACUGUCAGCUCUGGUACAAUCUCGAGCAGUGUAACAGUCGAUGGACACGCUUUCACCCUGACCAACAAAUGCUCCAAUGCCGUCCAUCCUGUUAUCGCGAGUACGGCGUGCGGGUAUAGUCCUCGAUGUGCAGAUGCCUUCUCUGGUUCUCUUCCGUCCAUCGGGUCGCUCGGGGCCGGGCAGACGAAAACUGUCCACGUUCCCAAGAACUUUGUUGGUCGUAUCUUCUCGCAGAACGGAUCCUGCGGGUCUUCGGGCGAGAAAUGUACCAUGCUCGAAUUCAAUCUGGACGCCAACAGUCUCUAUACCCCCAACUCGUAUGAUAUCAGCAAUAUCCAGGGUUUUACCCAGAGCAUUUCUCUUGGUGCGGCUGGUUGUGAUACUGUUACUUGCACCGGUCCUCAAUGCGAUUGCCACGACGCAUACCCUAUUGGGGACAUGACCGGCUGCGGUGCCGAUCUCCCUGUUCGGGCCUGCGGUGCAGGCGACAUUGCUUUCGAAGUGGUAUUCUGCCCGUAACCGCGCCCUCAUCUUGUUACCCUCUUGCUUUGUCGAUUGCCAUUCUGCUGUGUUGAAGUUUCUGUACACAAUCAUUUGUGAAUGUAUGCUGUACAUUUCUGGUCAAAGCGAGCAGCUAGCCGGCG